AUCCUUUUAACUAAUCAAAUCACAUCCCAUGUAACUGAAUAUGAAUCUGUGUCUUCUAAUGCUUUGUCAGGAGAUGAAGAAGAGGAUCCUUGUGAUUUUGAUAAGCAAGAAGAUUUUUCCGACUCACCCCCACCUGCUACAGUUCGAAGAAAAAAGAUGAAGAUGCAUCAAAGGGUGAAUGCAGAUCGCGUGAUUCCCGCCCUUGGCACCACGUGGUUCCAUUGUGUAAACACCCGGUUGGUGGCUCAGUUCCUGGAUACUUCAGUACGCCAGCUUGCAGUCAUGAAAUCACCAGUUGCUCCAAAUGUUGCAGUACGUUACAUUAUUGAUGAAUCAGGGAUUGUUUUAACAGAUGAUGAUAUGGAAUUUAUCUCAAUGCCAGAUAUGGAAUGUUUGAAUAUUUCCACUAAAAACAAUUUCCUUACAGCCGAAAUAACUGGUACAGGAAGAACAUUUGCAACUAGUGUGUCAGCUACAAAAUCAUGAUAUAUGCUUUGUGCUAGUCAUUUCUUCUGUUUUUUAUUUAUGAAUAUAUAUUUCAAAUACUGUAAUAAACUUUAAUUUCAAAAUAAAAUAUUUUGUGCAGAA